AUGUCGCAAGCACAGAUCCAGCAACCGCACCACCAACAGCAGCCCAACAAGAAUGUGGACGCUCUCAGUCAGGGUGUCGAAGACUUGUACCUCGAGUCCUAUGCGUUCACCACCGCCGCCGGAAUCGUUGGUUCUGUCGAUAGAAAGGUUUUUGUCUUACUACGCGACGGCCGCAACUUGUUCGGGAUCUUGAGAACCUUCGACCAAUACGCCAAUUUGGUCCUCCAGGACACCAUAGAGCGCAUCUACUUGCCAAACAACCGCUAUGCCGAGGCCGACCGUGGGGUUUUCUUAAUCAGAGGCGAAAAUGUCGUCAUGUUGGGCGAGUUGGACAUCGACAAGGAGGACACUGCGAUCGAGGAGAUGGUACAGAUGCCAUUUAAUGAAGCAGACAAAGAGUGGGAGGCGCUUAACGCCGAGAGAAUCAAGUUGGAGACGCAGAGAGCCAAAAAGUUGUUGAAGGUUUCUGGGUUGACCAGUGACUUUGUCAAGUCCGAUUUGUAUUAG